UUUUCUAUACAUUUUAAAAGAGGUUAAGUUUCUAACUUUAAUCGUUUGUUGAAAUAUUGAUCAAAAUUAUUUCACUUACGGUAAGUUACAUACAUACAGUCGAAGGAAAACAGAAUUGUAAAGUUACAGGCAGAUUUAUAUAAGGCUAAAAAGUAAGUAACGUAUGAUUUUAAUUAGAAAAAAAUAAUCCUUUUUCUAUCAACAGGUAAAAUGGGCAGAACAGUUAUUCCUAAAGUCAAGGGUGAAAAGGUACUCGACUCCCGGGCCGGAUGAACCCGUCAAUCGAGUGAAGAGAGUGGAUCUUUCCAGUGAUAAUGUGAGACGAACUAGGAGUCCAGAAGCAUACAGGAAACCAUUAUUCAAUGAUGAGCUAUGGGGACACGAGUGGUAUCUGGUACUGAUACGUCGUUCUAUAGAAAAAAGCUUUUUUAUCGAUACAAAGUAUAAAACAAAGUCGCUUUCCGUAGUCUGUCCUUAAGCAUGCUUAGAUUUUUAAAACUACGCAAAUGAAGUUGAUGCGAUUUUUACUACAGCAAUUUUUUUAUGUAUAAUACAAGAACAAAACCACGCUGGCGAAGCCGCUGGCGGAAAGCUAGUAAACUAUAAAUUGCAAGAGAUUGUGAGCUUUAAGCGACAUCUGUUUACAACUUAAAUUUUGAACUAACCAGAUUCGAUUCGUAUCAUGUGUGAUGGCUUGUAGAUGGCGCUAUUAUGUUUAUUAUUUAAUAAAAUUGUACCUUAUUUGUUUUGUUAUUGAUACAACAUUAGUAUAGAAUAUCUGUGAUACAACUAUUUACGUAAUGCUAAAUUUUUUUUCCCUCAGCCUUUAUUAUUUUAUCGCAAGGUUCGUUUUUACAAAAUAUUUACAUUUAAGGCCACAAUUAAAUAGAAAUGAACAAACAUUUGCGAUUAUAAUAUUAAUCUCUUUUUAGAAAUAAACAACCUUUUAACGAAAAUGUUGCAACUAGUUGUACAUAGGUUUAUAUAGGCUUAACUUAUUCAAUUAUUUACUACACACGGACCUAAACUUACAUUUCGCAAAAAAGAUCAUUGCUUAUUUUUAUUAUCAGGUGAAAUUGGAUAAUAAGUUUUUUUCUAUUUAAAUUAUUCUUUUUCAAUAUUUUCUAUUUUUCUAUUACUUUUUAGCAAGACACGCGCACCAUGCGCAAUCUACCUCGUCUUGAUUUGAACGUGCUGCCCGUGUACAAUAUGGGUUACAAUGGCAGCGGGAUCCGCAUCUCUGUGUUAGAUGAUGGCAUCGAACACAAUCACACUGAUCUACGCUCUAACUACGAUCCAGAAAUAAGUUGGGACUGCAAUGACAAUGACCCAAAUCCUCAACCUAGAUACGAAAAUCUAAGUAAGAACUCCCAUGGUACUCGAUGUGCAGGAGAAAUAGCAAUGACCGCAAAUAAUCAUAAAUGUGGUGUGGGCGUGGCUUGGGGGGCGCGAAUAGGCGGUGUGCGGAUGCUCGACGGCCGUAUCACUGACAGAGUGGAAGGAGAAGCUAUAGGUUUUGCUUGGGACAAGGUGGAUAUCUAUAGCGCUUCAUGGGGUCCUAAUGACGACGGCAAAACGGUAGAAGGCCCGGGUCGUCUAGCCAAUCACGCCUUCGAAAGAGGUGUUACAAAGGGUCGUGGUGGCAAAGGAACUAUUUACGUAUGGGCAAACGGAAACGGUGGUGGGAAUAAAGACAACUGCAAUUGUGAUGGGUACUCAUCGAGCAUUUACACGAUAUCGAUAGGGAGUGCAUCACAGCACGGUCUGUUUCCCUGGUACGGAGAGAUAUGUUCCUCCACCCUGGCUACAGCAUAUUCCUCUGGUGCUUAUAAAGAUCAAAAAAUUGCGACUACAGACACCGGCGAUUCAUGCACACUAUCGCACACGGGGACGUCAGCCGCAGCGCCAUUGGCCGCUGGAAUCAUCGCUCUCGCUUUACAAGCAAAUCCGAAUUUGACUUGGAGAGAUGUACAGCAUUUGAUCGUUUGGACAUCAGAUUAUGCUCCAUUAUCUAAUAAUCCAGGAUGGCAAAUUAAUGGAGUUGGUCUACGCUUUGAUAUUCGCUUCGGAUUUGGAUUGAUGAAUGCUGCGGCUCUCGUGACAACGGCGCUUAAUUGGACGACGGUUCCUGAAAAGUUUACAUGUCAGAUAGAAACCGUGGUGUAUGUAUGCAAUCCUGGUAGAUGCUUGCUACUAUAUAUCUGAACUUUGACUUAAGAUCAAUCAAUCAUUUAUGUUUCUUGUUAAUCCU